CACUUAACUACCAUCAUGGCUCCAACUAUCCUCAUUGUCGGCGCAACAGGCAAUACCGGCCGAGCCGUGACAGAAACUCUGCCAACCCUUCUGAAAGCCAACGAGGCUUUUGAGAGCCAUCGAGUACUCGCCCUGACCAGAUCUUUCAACAGCUCUUCGGCCCAACGGCUUGCAAAAAUCCCCGGUGUCGGAAUUAUCGAGCAGAACUGGACCGAGAUUACCUCGGACUGGCUCCGAGAAAAUGAAGUCGUCAGGGCCUUCAUCGCCUCUCACAACGCACCAAACCAGUUUGCCGAAGAGUCUGCCUUCCACGUCGCCGCCCUUGGAGCUGGUGUCGAAUACGUUGUGCGAAUUUCCACCACCGCACCCAAUGUUCGUCCGGAUUCCGGUGCUUACUAUCCGCGCACGCACUGGGCUAUUGAGGCGAUGCUUGGUUCGGCGGAAUUCAGCGCCCUGAAGUGGACUUCUCUUCAGCCAAACGUGUUUACAAGCUUCUAUAUGACCGUACUCGCUGAGUACAUCAACAGAUUCGAGCGGAAUGGCGAACUAGGCCCUCUGAAGUUGAUGGCAUCUAAAGAUGCCCCUGUUGCGCCUAUCGAUCCGGAUGAAGUCGGUGUGUUUGCUGCGCAUCUCUUGGCCUUGGAUGAUCCGAGCCCACACAGCGGGGCGAAAUAUGUCUUGAAUGGGCCGGAAGAUAUUACUGGCGAACAGCUUGUCGGCUUAGUGGAGCAGCGUAUUGGCACAAAGGUGAAGGAAGUGGCGUAUCAAGAUCUCAGCCUUUUGGAUGCAAUGCUGGACAGUCAAUAUGAAGGAUCGGGUCAAUCCAUGACUGUUGUCAAGUCAAUAAAGAAUGCCCUGUUGAUCAUGUGGGAAGGGAAGUGCAAUGCUUCGACUACCAGCAAGGAGGUUCUGGACAUUGCUCCUCCGAGACGGACCCCUACCGAUGUGUUGGAGGAAUUGCUGACGGCGUAA